CGUCUCCGCACCCGCAGACCACCACUCUCCUCUCCCCCCGCCAGCGAUCCCCGAAUGACCCCCAGCUCCGUCUUGCGUUCCCACGGCACCAAAGCCUGCCGGCGGAGAUGCUGCUCCGCUGCCUCGCCGCGCCGACGCCGGCCAGCGCUGCCCAAAGCCAUCCCCUCCAGGGUUGCUAAUGAUGCAUCGGCGGACCGCCGACUCGGGGCGAGUCGGGACAUGGAUACCCAACCGCAGCCUAGAAUAUCCUCGGAUCAUGUUUGAUCUUGUCCUUGAUCAACUCCAGGCUGCGGGAUCACGCCGAACCUCGGUCCUUGCUCAGCUCUCGUUUAUCGCCUCCCCCUGAUCUUGGUCGCGCCUACAUCUCACACCUCUUACAACCGCUGAAGCCUCGAUCGUUUCUAUCCAGCGCCUCUCCAAAAGCCGCAUACUCACCUCUCCCCAUCGUCGUGCCGCAUGUCAUUCUCCAUGGAGCUUAAGCCGCCGCCCUCCAAAUCACGCUGCUCCAAGCUUCCGCCCGUCCUCGACGUCAAAGUCUCGCUCGGACAGACGGUCUUUGUCGCCGGCGACGUUAUCAACGGCCAGCUGGAGAUUUCCGUCAAACACUGUUCCCAGAGCGAUCUCCUGCUCGGAGAGAUAUCCGUGAGCCUCGGAGGACUGGAAGAGCUCAACCACAGAGCAUAUGUCGGCUCCCAGACGUUCCUGAGCUCGAUCAUCAUCUUUCAGGAUAGAAACCGGUGUCCCUCUCAUGCCGUCGGCUUCCGGGCUGGUGACGGCAUGUGGUUUGCCAAGACCGGCACAACCAUCUUUACAUUUGCCUUCCAACUGCCGGUGGAUGCGCCUUCAUCCUUUGGGUUCCCGUAUCCGUCCAACAAUUUGCUUCACAUCAUGGAGUCUAACUUCCUGGCGAGCCUGCAAUAUGUCGUCGAGGCGCACGUUGAAUACUGUUGGAAUGGUCAUACCGAGUCCUUUUACCAGUCCAAGCCCGCUGCCGUUGUACAGUGCAGCCCAAGGCUCUAUCCACAGCUCGCAUGCCCGCCUGACCCGACUCCAAGAACCGCCAUGGUUGAGGAGCAAGGGAUUGUCUUUGAGGCAUCCAUCCACGACGAAAUCGUAUCCUCGGGCAAAUCUGUGAACAUCCAUGUCACUGUCCACAACAAAUCCAGCAGAGUUAUCUCUGAUUUGCAUGUCUGUCUGAAGCGCACCCUGACCAUAUCGAAGCCCCUGAUUGACACCGAUAAGCCGACGCGCAUCACUGAUCUGGUUUGUUCUCGAGCACCUGCUGUGAACGAGUUCACGGUCGUGCCGGGAGAGAUCCGCAGUCGAAUUAUCAGUCUCGAGAUACCGGUGCAUAUCCAUACGGUCGAACAUCGCGAUCUGGCCAAUGUUACUUGCCAUCUGGAGCUGUCGAUCAAGGUCCAGAAGGGAUAUUGGAUGAUGGGCCGCAAGAUCAUGCUUUCUCUUCCUUUGCGCAUCGUCCACCGCGAGUCGGUGCAUCCCCCUCCGCCCUGCAAUGUCGAGUCGCUCUUUCACGAGGCCUCUCACUUUCGAACGAUCCAAGCACCUCGACACCUCCGCCUCGUGCCUAAGGACAACGAGACCCGCAAGCGACUCGGCUGCCUCCGGCCGGCCGAACAAGACCGUGGCCGAGAGCGCCUUGUGCCCUGGCAAAACGACAAUCCCGGCGUUGUCAUGGAAGACGAAGCCAUCGAUCUGUUUGGACAAUUGACGGACCUUUGUGGGCAGCUCGAGAAAAUGAAGUUCCGCAUCGAAGGAGUGACGGCGCCACAGUGUUAUCGGGGCCCGGUCGGGAUCGGCAUCCGGGGCCACCCUAAUGCAAACCCGGGUGCUCCAGCAGCGGCCACGGCGCCCAGCACAACUCCCGAGCCGCUGAGCGACCAACCAGCGAGCCCCACUCAUACAACUCCUCAUGGGCAGCCGCCUGAGACCCGUGCGGCAAGUGCUCCACGCAAGACGCCAGGCCGGCGCCACAACCCCCAUCGUUUUGUCGGAACGGGCCACCUGAACGGGCCACGGAGUUCUGCGAUCGCCACUUGCAUCCGGCAAGAUCGCCAUGACGUCAGCGAGGCUGUUGAGGGAGCAUUGGCGGAGCGUCGACUGCCAUCGCUGCCUGGCAGCAGGGCAGCGGCAGCGGCAGCAGAGGAUCCGGGCAAGGAGAGGCAGCCGACCAGCGACCAGACAGGCGCCGGUUCAGCAAGCCAGGUCGUGGCGGCCCUGUCGGCCAGUCUCAGCCAUCUGUGCAUCCCCGGCGCCAGGGGAGUCAAGUCCAAGCAGCGACUCUUUGGCCUGGGAUUCCGUCGGUCGCCAUCGGUUGCCUCGACAGCCUCACGCAACGGAGGCAGUCCCGCGCGAGUCGAGCCCAACUGCAACAGCGGCAGCAGCGGUGGCGGCGAGCGGCUGUCACUUUACGUCCCAAGCACGAACUACUCCCGCACCGAGUCGAGCGAAGAUCAGGAUGAAGUCCAAGAAGGUGAAUGGGCGGAGACUGUGAGGGCACGCCAGGGCCGCAGUCGCCGAUCCAUUCCCUUCUUUUGAGAAAUGGCGGCGCGAGAUGGAGGCAUGGGAUUGUUGUCAGAGGACGGACGAGGGAAAUGGGCUCUCUCCAUGAAUUGGGGAACGUGUGCUUCCCAGCAUCAGAAAGAAAGAAAUAUAGUCAAUG